AUGCCCCGCCGCAAGAACCACAAACACCGCCAUCAGUCUCCUCCACCACCGCCAAAACUACCACCCCUGAACCACAGCACUACUACUGAAAUACUCAGACAUGCCGCCGCAAUCUUCUACCGUCACCUCCCAACAUUCCUGGUGCUCUCCCUCAUCCUCUGUUUCAUCCGCAACCCUGUCGAGGAAAUGUAUGGCAGCCUAGCCGAUGACUACGACCCUUCCGUAAAAGACCUCCUCACCCGCAUGGAAUUCCGCAGGGCUCACGGCAUCCGUCAAAGCAGUCCCGAGUCUCAGCUUUCCCCCGUCGGUACCCCUGACUAUAACUUCUUCUCCGGCGACUCAUAUGACCGCCCCCAGUCGAAUCAAUUGGGUGGCAAUACCACUAAUUCCAUCUUCGACCAAGUCAACUCAUUCCCGCAAAUCAUCCUCCCAGGCGGUUUCUCUUUCAGGGCUGAAAUUCCGAAGCAUAACGACACAGUAAAUAAAUUCGUGGAAAGAAGUUUGGACGAUCCACUUAUUGAGUUCGAUUUGGAGUUAUUGCAAAAGGGUCACGUGAAUGGCCGCGAUAAUGACAACUUCUUGUUCACUUUACUGAUCGUUUCGUGUGUGGUUUAUGCAUUUGCAUUUUUCACAAGUUUGUUUGCCUACACUUGGGCACAUGGGAUUGUUUUUCUUCAGGUGAUGGAUCACCUGUCUGGAAAUAAGAGAUCGGUAUAUCACUCUAUUCUUAAUGGUGCAACGUUUGGGGUUAGAAGACUUCUGCAGUUUAGUUUCAUAAAUUGGGCGGCGAGGGAUAUUCUCGCGAAGCAGGUUGCGAAAUAUUCUUAUGAAGUUGACAAUUUCUUCUCGUUUCUUGUGGUUGCCAUGAGGGUGAUGCCCUUUAUCAAUCUGGUGCCAUGGGUUCAGGGUCCUCAAUGGGAGACUGCAGAUUUUAUAGUGAAAUGGUUCUGUGCUGAUUUGAUUGUGGGAUUUAUAUUUUCUGUGGCUUCUUGGGUUGCCGUAGUAGACUGGCCAAUCAGUAUUAUAGAAAUUUCGCAAGAAACUUGGCAUAUAUUGGCAGCUUUCCAUACCCCUGCCCUUGAGAUAAGGGUUUUGGAAGCAAUAAUUUGCGGCAAGGGAUUUGCUUGGGAGGGGACAGAUGCAAGCCCUUCUUUCAGAGCUCUAUGUAAAUUGAUGGAAAGUUCUGUUUCGAGCCUUGAAUUCUUGAGCCAAGGAUACUGGUAUCUGGCUCUGUUGCAAUCCUAA